AUUGUGACCUCACGUUUGACAACAACAACACUGUUUCCCAUGCUGCAAAUUGCAAUGCACCAAACUCUUUCCACGAGCAAAGUCUUCUCAAAUCUCUUUGCAUUGAUCGCGGGACCAACAGCGUUUUGGAGCCCAAGAGGGAACAGUGCUUACGUGUGUUGUUGCCCUAGCUCUGAGGCGCGACGCCGCACUAGAAAACAGAGGGCUAGCGGUUCCACAACAAUGGCGUCGGCGGCACAGAUGGCGCAGGGGUCUGCGCUUAAGCAGAGCAGUCUUCAAGCCUCCACCUUCGUGGGUGCGGCGCCAGCUGGCAGCCUCUCAUUGGCCGGCAGGGCUAUCCUGCCCGCCAGGAAGGCCUCUGCUGGCCGGCCAGGCAUUAUGAUGACAACCGCUUUCGAGAAAGAGAACCAGUAUGCGGAGGAGUUGCGCAAGACGGCCGCUUACAUUGGCGCGCCCGGGAAGGGCAUUUUGGCGUCGGACGAGAGCAACGUGACGACGGGGAAGCGGCUUGGAAGCGUGGGCAUCGAGAAUACCGAGGACAACCGCCGUGACUGGCGCCAGCUCCUCUACACCGCCCCUGGGCUCGGGCAGUACAUUAGCGGUGCAAUUCUCUUCGACGAGACGCUGUUCCAGUCGUCCGCGGACGGCGUUCCGUUCGUUGAGAUCCUCCAGAAGCAGGGGAUUGUGCCAGGGAUCAAGGUCGAUACGGGGCUGCAGCCAAUCUACGGGACCGACGGGGAGACGUCGACGCAGGGGCUGGACGGGCUGGCUGACCGUUGCAAAAAGUACUAUGCUCAAGGUGCCCGCUUUGCAAAAUGGCGCGCAGUCCUGAAAGUUGACAGCUCGGUGCACCCGUCCUCGACGGCCAUUCUAGAAAACUGCCACGCGCUCGCGCGCUAUGCGCAGAUCUGCCAGGCCAACGGGCUGGUGCCGAUCGUGGAACCGGAAGUGACGCUGGGCGAGGGGGACUACAGCAUCGAGCGCACCGCUUACAUCAGCGAGAAGGUGAACAGCCACACCUUCCGGCUGCUCAACGAGUAUGACGUCAUGUUGGAGGGCAUCCUUCUGAAGCCCAACAUGAUCCUGCCCGGCCUCGACGUCUCGACCCCCUCCCCCGAGGAGGUCGCAAAGUACACCGUCCGGACCAUGCUCCGGAGCGUCCCUGCCGCAGUCCCCAGCAUCCAUUUCUUGUCCGGGGGCAUGAGCGAAGAGGAGGCAACACUGAACCUGAACGCCCUCCAAGCGUACGGCCCUUACCCCUGGUCGCUCACCUUCUCCUACGGACGGGCUCUUCAGUCGAGCACGCUCAAGACGUGGUCGGGCAAGCCCGAGAACAUUCAAGCCGCUCAAGAAAGACUGGUGGCUUUAGCAAAGGCAAACUCCGAAGCGCAGCUGGGCAACUACAAGGGCCCUCACCCGUCACCUGGGGGUGGCCGAAUCCUGCAGGCGUUGAGGCUCGGGGGAGCCGGAAAGUAACAAGGGACGAGUUGCUGACCUCUCGAGUUGCUACGGUGCUUAAAUGUGUUGACUCUGAUUAGCCAGGCCUUGUUAGGACAGGAGUAUCACAGGCCAUGCCAUGGGCCAAAUUGGCCAAAGCCAGAUCGGGCAUCGAAGGAUUGCGCACAAUGCGCGACAAUUGCACGAAGAAUCUUUUGCUCUCUUGAUGAUCCUCACCGAUCGCGACCUAUUGUGAGUGAUCAUCGGCCUCAACUAUCCAGAAGGAGGAACCCCGAUUACUUGUUGGCCGUGCCCUUAUCUUCCAGUUGGGCUGGACAUACUUCCGGACCAGUUCAAGUUACUAGUGCUUGCAUGAGGCUGACACAGCAAAAAUGUGGCGGGCGAUAGUUAUGUAGUGGAUAUAAUCUAGGCGUGCAGAAAGCUUGAGUCAAGGCCGCUGCGCGCUGCCUGUAAGAACCUGCCUGGUGAGGU